AUGAAUAGAAAGUCGGCCGUGGGAGUUACUGCAAGAUGUACCAGCAAGAUACUUCCGACUUGUAAAAGAAGCGCUGUCACUGGGACAAAAGAUCGUCUUAGCUCGACAGUCAAUAUACUUUCUCCGCCGCUGGCUAAAACAUCGAGUCGUUCCGAACUUCAUCAAACGAAGACGACUACACGACGUAUGCGGACUACCAGAGGACAGUCACCGAGUAUUCGACGUCGAAUUGCGAAUACUACGCACUUGUCUACGAAGCGGACAAAACCAGAUGUUCGCCAAGUGGAAGAAGUGCGAGACGAAGGAAAACUUUUGCGCUCAAUAUUUGGAGAACCGCCUCUGGAGGAGAAUAGUGGGCGGGUUGGUUUGCAACUCUAUUAG